AUGUUUCAGUUGCCUCGGCGUUGGCUGCUGUUGGGGCCGUUAUUGCUGCUGCUGCUGCUGCUGCAUUUGCUGCAGAAGCAGCCAGCAGCAGCAGCAGCAGAAGCAGAAGAAGUAGAGGAAGACGAGGUUGAUAUUCCCUUUAUAGCAGAUGAGUGGAUAACAGCACCAUCAACACCAGCAGCAGCAGCAGCAGCAGCUGCCCAUGGGUCUCUGGGGUCUGGAGGGAUCCGCUCUCCUCCAGCAACAACAACAGCAGCAGCAGCAGCUGCUGUUGCUGCUGCACGUGCUGCUGCAGCAUCUUCCGCGGCAGCAAGCAGCAGUCCCAGCAGCAGCAAAAGCAGCACCCAAACCAGUCAAGAAGCAGCAGCGGCGCACAAGAGACGUCACUCCAGCAGCAGGAGCAGCAGCAGCAGCAGCAGCAGCAGCAGCAAGAGCAGCAGCAGCAAGAAUAGUACUUGGGAGCCUCACAGUCUGAGGCAGCCAGCAGCAGGAGCACUAAAGCUGCGUGCGGAUGGUAUUGCAAUAACAGAGAAGGAAGUAGAGAAGCUGCGGCGAAGCAAAAGGCGUCAGCAGCUGCAGCGGGACAACGAUGCGCUGCUGCAGCAGCAGGAAGCAGCAGCAAAGUUGUCUUCUGAUGUAGAAGUAGCUGAGAGGGACGCUACUGUAUACACCCCAAGCAAGUGGAAGACUAGACUUAGAACCCUCUUAUACUUCCUCAACAACGGAGGCAAAUUCCCCGAGGAAGGCUACUUCGAUGGCAUCUAA